UGGUUUUCUUUAAAAAAAAAAAAAAACAAUAACAACAACAACAAAACACGAGGUAAUAUCUCGACACUCUCGGGCCUCGGCCAGUGCCUUGUUAGCCAAUGAAGUAGCUAGCUAGUUCUCCCGCAAUUAGGGCGUGCGCGAAGUCGAGGAAUUAUAAAGAUAGACAAGUAUGGGGAGGAAGAAGGUGGAGAUGAAGCGAAUCGAGAACAAGAGCAGCCGCCAGGUCACCUUCUCCAAGCGCCGGAGCGGUUUGAUAAAGAAAGCCCGCGAGAUCUCCGUUCUCUGCGACCUCCAAGUUGCUCUCCUCGUCUUCUCCCCCCACGGCCGCCUUUACGACUUCUCCGCCGGAGACAGCGUUACAAACAUUCUAAAGCGGUAUCGGAAUCAAAAUGAUGCCAAUGAUGCAGAGAGUAGCAAUGAUGGUCUAACAGGAGUCUCUCCCGCUGCACUAUUGCAAAUUAUCCAGAGUGCAGGUAUGUUGUUGAAGAUCCAGCUGAUUAUGUACAGUUGACCCUGAAUGACCUUGAACAGUUAGAAGAGCAAAUUGAACUGGCUCUAACGCAAAUCAAAGCUAGAAAGAUGCAACUGAUGUUGGAGCCCUUAAAGACCCUUCAGGAACAGGAAAGCAAGCUUAAGGAGGAAAAUGAGCUCCUAAAGCAACAGAUUUCAGCAGCCGCGAGCGAUAACAACACUGCCUAUGGCGCCAUCAAGGGCUCGGAGCAAGCUGUGGUGCAAGCGGCGACUCUGCAGUUACUUCAUUAGGAGGCGGAGAAGGCUUCCCUGAACCAGAUUCUCAACCCUGCGUAGCAAUCUUUUGGGAAGCAGGCAAAGCUUAUACAAAAAAUAAAAUUGCGAUAGUAAUCUGGCAUCCCAAUUGUACUGUUGUGAGCUCUUGUCGAAAAGUAAGUGUUAUAUUGUGUACCCUGGCACAACAACUAUUGAUAUCUGUGAGUGUGACUUCAGACUUCGGAUGAUGUACUGUUAACUCCAUUAUAUUGAACAAGCUAGUGCUGGUGUUUUCGGGAAGGGACCUUCACCUUGGUAAUAAGGCUACAAAUGAACCAAGUUGUUCACAAGCGGCUGAAUGUUUGGCUGGGAAUUCAUUUGAGAUUCGACUUGUAUAUUAAUAAGUCUAGUUUGAAUUAAGCUUUGUUCAGCUUGCAAGACUCGCAGCGUAAACUUGUAUGUUUUGAGCUCAUAAGAUGUCUCAAUAUUGCGGCUAGUGAGCUAACUAGAUUACCAACUUAUGAGCAAACUUAUCUGUAUCUUAUGAGUUGCCAUGUUGAACAUU